UUUUAGGAAUUGUAAACUUUCGAUUACAAACGGCAGAGCAGUCGCAUGUAAAAAACUUAUCAGCGCCUCCUUUGUUUGCCUGUUAACUGGUUUGGAGUGUUUGCUUCGACCAUUAGUCAUCGCCUCCAAUGUGUACAAUCUAAUCAACGCCUACCGCAGUCACUGUCUGUUUGAGAUAAACCGAAAACAAACCUAAAGAAUCGUCUUCUCCGCAGUCGUAUUUGAACCGUAGAGCGGGAUCGACACGAUAAAAGAAAUGGUUGAAGUGGAUUUGUACGUGGCUUUGGCCGUCGGCGCCAUAGUCGUACUGCUGUACCACUAUGCAGCGAAGAAGUACGAGUACUUCCUGACGAAACCGAUUCCGGCCUUGAAGCCGACGAUGUUGUUCGGGAACACCGGUCCGAUGAUGUUCCGCCAGCGGGAUGUGAGCUCGCACUUGAAGAUGCUGUACAAUACGUACGAGGGAUCCAAGAUGAUCGGGUUCUACGAUCUGAUGAAGCCGAUCUACAUGCUUCGCGAUCCGGAGGUGAUCAAGCAGAUCGCAGUCAAGGACUUUGACUACUUCAUGGAUCACACGCCGACGAUGACCAAUAGCAACCCGGAGGACGAGGUCGGAGGAGAUAGUCUGUUCGGAAACUCGUUGUUUGCGCUACGGGGACAGAAGUGGAGGGAUAUGAGGGCGACAUUGAGUCCGGCCUUCACCGGAAGCAAGAUGCGACAUAUGUUUGAGUUGGUGGCGGAUUGUGCGAAGUCUAUGGCGGAGUUUUUCAAGGCAGAAGCCGCAGCGGGAAAGACUCUGGAGUAUGAAAUGAAGGAUACGUUCUCGAGGUUCGGGAAUGAUGUGAUCGCUACGGUGGCUUUCGGUAUCAAGGUGGAUUCGUUGCGGGAUCGGGACAAUGAGUUUUAUUUGAAGGGCAAAGCUAUGUUGAACUUCCAAUCGCUAUCGGUGUUGGUGAAAGUUCUGUUUCUGCGCGCUUUUCCGAAAUUGUCUCAAAAACUUGGAUUGGAUUUCGUGGAUUCUACCUUGACGGAGUAUUUCAAGCAAAUGAUCGUGGAUAACAUGAAACAGAGAGAUGCACAUGGGAUAAUGCGCAACGACAUGAUCCAGAUGCUGAUGGAAGUUCGAAAGGGUUCGUUGAGGCAUCAGAAAGACGAAAAGGAGACGAAGGACGCUGGGUUUGCCACGGUUGAAGAGUCGAAUGUUGGAAAGUCGAAUAUCAACCGGGUGUGGACGGAGAACGAGCUUAUUUCUCAGUGUUUCUUGUUCUUCGUGGCAGGAUUCGACACGGUGUCAACCUGCAUGACUUUCCUAACCUAUGAGCUUAUGCUGAACCAAAACAUACAGCAACGUCUGUACGACGAAGUGUUGGAAACGGAAAAAUCACUGAACGGUAAACCGUUGACGUAUGAGGUGCUACAGAAGAUGGAAUAUAUGGAUAUGGUCGUCUCGGAAGCUCUGCGCAAGUGGCCUCCAGCAGUAAUCUCCGAUCGGUUCUGUGUGAAAAACUACAUGUACGAUGACGGACAAGGAACACGCUUCCUCGUGGAGAAGGGUCAAACUAUGUGGAUUCCGACGAUUGCCAUCCACUCCGAUCCCAAGUAUUACGAGAAUCCGGAAAAGUUCGACCCGGAACGGUUCAACGAGGAGAACCGUUCGAAGAUCGACACCGGAGCCUAUCUGCCGUUCGGCGUAGGUCCACGAAACUGUAUCGGGUCCCGGUUGGCACUGAUGGAAGUGAAAGUGAUCAUCUACAAUUUGCUGAAAGAUUUCAGCUUGGUGUCGUCCGAGAAGACACAGAUCCCGUUGAAAAUGUCCAAGAAUUUCUUUGUCCUGCAAGCGGAGAACGGUGUGUGGCUUGAGCUGAAGCCCAGGAAGCGUUGAGCAAUGAUAAUAAAUGUAUAAACGAAUUUGA